AUGACUACCACUCAACCAGCUUUUGAUUAUUCAGCCUAUGACUAUGGAUAUGAUGGAAGUGCGUCAUCGACAUAUUCAGCCUAUGCAGGGUAUGAAGCAGGUGCGUCAUAUCCGCCACCAGGAGCAUAUGAUGCUUAUGGAGCAUCUGCAGCUUAUCCGUCAAAUGCUGCACCAGGUUCAUCUUAUGCAACUGUAGAUCCAUAUUCCGGUUAUCCCACUACCGCUUAUGCAUAUCCAACAUCAGCUACUGCUAGCUCAGCGGCUGCUCCACCGCCGACAGCGACAGCAGGUCAGACAUCUUAUUCUGCUACAUAUGGUACAUCACCUUCAACCGCAACUUAUGCAUACGAUUCAAGACGUGCAACACCACCACCACCGCCGCCUACAUCUGCCGCUGCCCAUUAUGCUUCGUACGACUAUGCUGCGAGUGCGGCAGGUGCGUAUGCUGGUGCACCACCACCACCACCAGGUGCAACCUACUCUCCGUACAAAACCGGACCGGCAGCAAAUGGCGCGGCGCCACCAAGCGUCUAUCAGCCUUAUCCUUCUGCUCCACCGCCACCGCAUGGUGCGUAUGGUAUUCCACCAGGUAGUCAUCUGUCUGGAGCAAUGGGCCCACCUCCGCCACCACCACAUGCCUACGGACCACCUCCAUCAGCAGCUGGUAUGAUUCCUCGUCGUCCCGAGUAUUAUCCUUCUGCUCCAGUACAUCAUCCAAUGCAUUAUAUUCCACAACAACCUCAAUCUACACAUUAUCGUUUGCCACCGCGAGGGGGCUAUCAACGUGAACUUGAUGAACCUGGUGAUGAAAAUGCUCUUCUGCGACAUGUUAUCUAUAUAACGGGUUUACCAAAGGAAAUACAAAAUGAAACUUUGGCAGGUGUUUUUGCUCCUGUUUGUGGAGAAAUCGCGCCGGUAAGAUUAACCUCGAUCAGAGGAUUGUUCGAGUAUGACAAAUGA